AUGAAGGUGUUCCAAAAGAAAAAACUUUCAAGAGUAUUUUCAGAGGACUAUGAUGGGGUGCAAUGGAAGAUACUAGAUCCGCGAGGACGUCCUAUAAACAUAUGGAACAAAUGUUUCCUUAUUGCUUCUCUAACUUCUCUGUUUGUUGAUCCAUUGUUCUUCUAUUUACCAAGUGUUAACGACGAAAUCUGUAUGGAUGCAAGUUAUCCUAUGGAGAUAGUCCUUACAAUCGUUCGAUCAGUCAUAGAUGCAUUUUAUCUGGUUCAGAUUUUAGUUCAGUUUCGAACAGCUUACGUUGCACCUUCCUCUCGUGUUUUUGGAAGAGGUGAGCUAGUCAUUGAUUCUUCAAAGAUUGCUUCAAGGUAUCUUCGUAAGGACUUUUUGCUCGACGUCUUGGCUACUCUUCCUCUACCUCAGGUUUUGAUUUGGGCUGCAAUUCCAUCUCUGAGAGGUUCAAAUAGGAUUGGUGCAAAACACGCCUUACGCCUAACUAUCAUUUCUCAGUUCCUCUUGAGGCUAUGCCUGAUUUUUCCACUUUCAUCUCACAUUAUCAAGACCACUGGUGUGAUGGUGGAAGCUGCUUGGGCUGGCGCGGUUUAUAACCUCGUGCUCUUCAUGUUGGCAAGUCAUGUCAUGGGAUCUUGCUGGUACCUUUUAGCUGUGGAGAGGCAAGAACAGUGUUGGAAGAAGAUUUGUGAUCAACAGCAACCGUAUUGCCAAUAUUGGUAUUUCGACUGCCAGAGGAAGAACGAUAACAGUAGAAUCGCGUGGUACCAGCGGAGCAAUAUAUCUUCAUUAUGUGGUCCUAGCAGCAACUUCUUCCAAUUUGGAAUCUUUAAUGAUGCACUGACUUAUCGCGUUACACAGUCAUCGUUCUUGAACAAGUAUACGUAUUGUUUCUGGUGGGGCUUAAGGAACCUAAGCUCUAUCGGGCAGAAUCUCUUGACUACUACUGACAUUAAUGAGAUAAAUUUCGCGGUUGUUCUUGCAAUUCUUGGAUUGUUGCUUUUCGCGUUACUUAUUGGGAAUAUGCAGACCUUCCUUCAAUCUACUACUAUGAGACUCGAAGAAUGGAGGAUUAGGAGGACGGAUACAGAAGAAUGGAUGCAUCAUCGUCAACUCCCUCACGAUCUAAAGGAGAGGGUUCGGAAAUAUGAUGUGUAUCGUUGGGUGACAACAAGAGGUGUUGAUGAAGAAUCCAUCGUUAGAAGCCUUCCUGUUGAUCUCAGAAGGGACAUCAAACGUCAUCUUUGUCUUGAUCUAGUUCGUCGAGUACCUUUGUUUGAUCAAAUGGAUGAGUGUAUCUUAGAUGCAAUAUGUGAAAGGUUGAAACCACUUCUAUACACCACGGGAACUUGCCUAGUUCGCGAAGCUGAUCCAGUGAACGAAAUGCACUUCAUUAUAAGAGGACAUUUGGAUUCCUACACUACUGAUGGAGGAAGAACAGGUUUCUUUAACUCGUGUCAGCUCGGUCCAUGUGAUUUCUGUGGUGAAGAAUUACUAACAUGGGCACUAGACCCUCGUCCGAGCAUCAUCCUUCCCUCCUCUACACGUACAGUGACCGUGCUCACUGAAGUAGAAGCGUUUGCAUUGGCUGCAGAAGAUGUGACCUUUGUGGCAUCACAGUUCCGUAAACUGCAUAGCAAGCAGUUAAGGCAUACAUUCAGGUUUUACUCGAACCAAUGGAGGACUUGGGCCGCGUGUUUUAUACAAGCAGCUUGGUUUCGAUACAAGAGAAGGAGAGAGGCUGCUGCGCUUAAUAAAGCGAAGCAGAGUCCCCUGGCUGCUCCUCUGCCUACUGAACCACGAGAUGAACGAAUUAGAAGCGUGUCGUUGGGACAAAAGGCUUCAGAGUUUGCUGUGUAUGCUGCAACAUUGGCAGCAAGCAACAGAAAAGGUGGAAGCAUGAGGGGAGAACUAGAAAUUAUUAGUUCAUUACAAAAACCUGUGGAACCUGAUUUUUCGGUUGAGGAUAGAUGA